GCGUACUCCCGGUGACUGGCUAGAAGCUCUCAGGCCGGUGCAUUUCGGCUUCUUGCACGUGCAGCGGCGGAUGGGACGGGUCCUCUUUUUCCUCUGUUUGCCCCAGAGGCUGCGGCUUCUCGGUAGACGGGUCCAGGUCAUCCUAGUGCUGCUAUGGCGGCCCGUUAUGACCGGGCGAUCACCGUCUUCUCACCCGACGGGCACCUCUUCCAAGUGGAGUACGCGCAAGAGGCAGUAAAGAAGGGAUCGACGGCGGUUGGAAUUCGAGGCACUGAUAUAGUUGUGUUGGGAGUAGAAAAAAAAUCUGUUGCCAAGCUCCAAGAUGAAAGAACCGUAAGGAAGAUCUGUGCCCUUGAUGACCAUGUCUGCAUGGCUUUUGCAGGCCUAACUGCUGAUGCUAGAAUAGUAAUUAACCGAGCCCGUGUGGAGUGCCAAAGCCAUAAACUGACUGUUGAGGAUCCAGUCACAGUGGAAUAUAUAACACGUUUCAUAGCAACAUUGAAGCAGAGAUAUACACAGAGCAACGGACGAAGACCUUUUGGUAUUUCUGCUUUAAUUGUGGGUUUUGAUGAUGAUGGUAUCCCAAGGUUAUACCAGACCGACCCAUCUGGUACCUAUCAUGCUUGGAAGGCAAAUGCAAUAGGCCGCAGUGCUAAGACUGUUCGUGAAUUUCUGGAAAAAAAUUAUACAGAAGGCACUAUAGCAACUGACAGUGAAGCUAUCAAAUUGGCAAUAAGAGCACUGCUAGAAGUUGUUCAGUCUGGUGGAAAAAACAUUGAACUUGCUAUCAUAAGAAGAAACCAGCCAUUGAAGAUGUUUAGUGCCAAAGAAAUUGAAUCUCAAGUUGUGAAUAUAGAAAAAGAAAAGGAAGAAGCAGAGAAGAAGAAAUCAAAGAAGGUGGUUUAAUGUUUUGUUCUUGUACCACCACUUAAAAAAUUUCAUACCAUUCAGCAGUUUACUACAGUUUUAUAGCAAGUAAAUUACCUACCUUGUUUGGUUUGUUGAAUACACAAUUUUUUUUGACUGAGCUUUUGGGAGACAUAUUUUGUAGUUCCUUUCAAUGUAUUAUAUAGAUGUCCUCAGUUCAGAAACAUAAUCUCAGUAACAGUUGAAAAUCAUGGGAUUUUCAACCAGACUUGUGGUUAUAUUUCACUCAGAAUCUGAGACUUGUCAGAUAUUAUUUUCUUUAAGCACAUGUUUGAUAUAGCAACUGGAAUUUAUAGACAUAAAAAACUGUUUGAAAUUAAAUAUUCAAUAAAGUGUUAAGCAUUUACUCUCAA